AUCAAAACAAAAUAGUUGUAUUUUGUAGUGACCCCAAUGCGUGGAUCGCUGGAUUGACAUAACAAACACAUAACUCGUUCCGAGUUUCACUCGACAAAUGCCAGCUUCUUGAGUGAAUGAGCAAAGCUUUUCAAGCCUAUCGCACUCGAAAACAAGUUGCAAAUGUGGAGCGUGCUUAAAACAAACCCAAAACUAAUUUCAGUUGUUCAGCGGCUGGCAAACGGUUCGAACCGAAAGUGAUUCGAAUACAUUUUACAAACAUUCAAGAUUUUUAAAAACAGCCCCAAAAUGCUGAAACAAGUGAUUACCCUGCUCCUCGUCGCCUUGUGCAUGAUGCACAGUGCCUCGGCCAUCAAGUGCUAUCAGUGCAAAUCCCUCACGGAUCCCAACUGCGCCAAGGACAAGAUCGACUCCUCCUCCAACAUCCGCUCCGUGGACUGCGACAGCGUGCCCAAGCCGAACAUCAUGGACCAACUGCAGCCAGUGACCAGGUGCAACAAGGUGGUCACCAGCGACCGUGCUGGAACGAUCGUAUCCCGCGACUGCCACUUUGAGUCCAUCGGGCAGAAGAAAGACGAGUGCACGGUGACCCACAGCCGGCAGGUGGAGAGCUGCUACACCUGCAAGGGUGACCUGUGCAACGCAUCCGGAGCAGGUGGCCUCCUGGCUGUCAGUGCAACGGCUCUCCUGGCGAUCCUCGCCCUGCACAUGAGCUUGUGAGCCGACUCCAAGUUCGGUGCGGUGCCGAAGCUCGUGAAAUAAGUGUGAAUAACAUACCUGUACAAAGGAGAAAUGUAAAUGUUAACUAUUAAUAUGGAUCAAAAUAAAGUAAACUAAA